AUGUGGCACCACCGCCUCCACACACCACCCCUGCCCCCCCCUACCCCACCGCCGCCACCUCCGGACACAGUGUGGUUCCAGAACAGGCGCGCCAAGUACCGCAAGCAGGAGAAGCAGCUACAGAAGGCCCUGGCCGGCACGCCCUCGGUGCUGCCCACGUGCAACGGCGCCAUGAUGCGGAACAUGUACCCCUCGGCCACGCGCGGCUACCAACCCUACCCCUCACACAACGCCAUCUCCACCUUCAACACCAUGAACCGGUACCCGCAGAUGUCGUCGAGUUCUUACCCCGGCAUGGGUCAACCGUUCAGCAUGGCCCACCCCACCUCCAACAUGGCGGCCAUGAGGCAGGACACCAUGACAGGCAUGGCGACGGAGGAGGACUGGUACAAGAAGGGGCUGGCCUCGCCCUGCUUUUCGGGGCUCCAGACGGCCGCAGCAGACGACGACUGGUACAAGAAGUCGCUCACGGCCCUCUCCAUGAACACCUCCCACCACCCAAACUUGGCGGCGCCCAUGCUCCAGUAUCAAACUUAGACAUCCACCUACGGUCCCUGGCGGCCGGCGGGGGCCCCUCGCAGCCCGCGCCCUCCGCGUACCCGUCCUACUACUCCA